UUAAAUCGAAACAAUUUUUUGAGAUUUUGUCGUACCGAAAUGACCAAAAAAAACACGACUUCCAUCUCAGAGUCAGUCUGAUUCUAUGCAGACUCCGGCUGAAAACGCGUGUCGUCAUAGAGCACGUUAAUCAGCUGACCGUCGCCGCCGCUAGUCCUGAUUCGUACUCUUCCGACCACCCAUCCGACUCGGACUCCAUGAGCCACGACUUUUUCACAAUUCCAGGAUACCUUCCUUGUUAUCCUUGGCUCAACAGCGCGCCUUGUUCUGUUGAUGUCGCAGUGGACUUGUGAGAUGGGAUCAGCAGGAUACGACAUCGAUGGAUUCGGCUCCAUAGGCACGGUAGGUACAAGCUACUUGCCAUCUACCAUCUCGAUGGCCUUCGUCAAAUCGACGCUCAAGAUACCCUCGCUACGUCCUGGGUGGGACCUCGAUGCCUGGAAAUACAUGCCCGCCUCUAUCUCUACGUCUGCUCCGACUCCCUUGCCUGUCAUCGUUAUGGCGCACGGUUUCGGUGCAAACAAAACGAUGGGCCUUGCGCUCUACGCGGAAGCAUUCUCGACCGAGGGCUAUGCUUGUCUGGUCUUCGACUAUCGGCGAUGGGGUGCCUCUGAUGGGACCCCGCGCUCUGUGCUUGUCGUGCAAGACCAGUUGGACGAUUAUCGGACUGUCGUGGCUUAUGCGAGGGCACAGGCGGCAUUCGAUGGGACACGGGUCAUCAUAUGGGGAUCUAGCCUUUCUGGUGCACACUGUAUUACCCUGAGCACCGACAGAACCGUGAACGCAGUCGCCGCAUUGGCUCAAUGUCCGUACACCGGAAUGACACCGAGUCUGCCGCUGAAUAUGACUUGCCUCAAACUGGCUUCCUCUGCCAUCGCCGAUCUCGUCAAACAAGCUCUCGGUUUGCAGCCUGUGUACAUCCCUGUCGUGUCGGAGUCCGGGACGCUGGGUGCUCUGACGACACCGGGCACGGUCUCUGGCAUGAUGGCCAUUUGCUCUUCGGACGUUCCCUAUGAGAAUCGAGUAUCCGCAUCCUCGGUGCUCCAGCUACCGCCCUAUCAGCCCCGCACGAAAGCAUCGCAAAUCUCCUGCCCGUUGCUCAUCGUGCUUCCCACCCAGGACAACUUGUGCCUUCCAGACGGCGCGGUGGAGAUAUCGAAGGCGACGGAUAAAUGCGAACUGGUCUCGCUGCCAUGUGGGCACUUUGAUGUGUACCAUGGCCUGUCUCAUCAUGCGGAAUCCCUAUCCGCUCAGGUCAAGUUUCUCCAAAAGCAUGUUCCCAUCUCUGGACUGUCUUGAGGUGGGGACGUAUAGUACAUGUUCAUGGAUGGAAUGUAUUCUUUGAUGGCUGCGUAGUCUCCAUGGGUUCGAGAGUGUGUUGAGCCAUGUAAUCCUCAGUCCUCGAGUAGGGGUGCGUUCCUAACAGUCGAGUCCCGCAGUCCUAAAAUCGCCCUGUCACCCAGAACUCAGAGGUAGAGAGCCGGCAUCGGGGUGGCAAUCCAGUGGGAAGCUUCAAUGGGUCAGUGAGGUCAAUCUUCGAGUCUAGUAGCCGCCAAUCUCGACGCCCGGCGGUAUCC